AUGCCGAAAACUACUACCCUGUGCGCCUCGGUGACAUCUUCCAGGCUCGAUAUCAGAAUUGUUAAGAUCGGCUUCAGCAUCACUUCCACAGUCUGGCUCUGCCGGGAUCUCAAGGAGAAUAUCCUUUUGACCCUCAAAGUCUGCACCACUGGAAAAGAGGGCGAUAAUGAGCUCACCAUCUCCCGCCAUCUCGAAUCACAAGAUGCAUAUGUCGAAAUGAUGAGUUCAGAGCACCCUGGCAAAGAUAAAAUCCGCGUGGUUCUCGACGACUUCGAGAUCGAAGGACCUCAUGGAUCCCAUAGAUGCCUGCUGUUCACCCCCCUGGGGCAGACCUAUGCCGGUUUUCGAUAUUAUGAGUGCCCAGAGAAGACUCUCGACAUGAAGGCCGUACAAUUGAGCAUGCUGAAAAUUUUGCAGGGCCUGGCUUUCAUGCACCAGUCAGGUGUGAUCUCGCGCCGGAUAACAUUCGUUUUGGGGCCAGCAGUGCAAGUCUUGAUUCAGGUAUGGGCGUGCUGUGAGCUUUCGGAACAAACAUACCCCACUCCGCGAAAGAUUCUCUCGGAUCGAGUAAUUCACAAAACCUGGGACUUGAGUACGCCUGUCACUUGUUGGGACCCGGUGAUUUGCGACAUCGGUCUUGCUCGCUUAGGAAGGCCGGGGCAAAAAUACUCGUACUGCUAUGGCGAUAUCACGUCCGGGGAUUACAGGGCACCUGAGGUCAUUCUUGACAUGGAAUGGGACCAUAGGAUAGACAUAUGGUCUAUAGGGGUGAUGAUUUGGGAGUUGUUCGAAGGGAACACGAACAGUCUCUUUUGUGGAGUGAAGGACGAUAUUCUUGAUGAUGAGCUACAUCUUGCAGAGAUGGUGUCGGUCAUGGGACCCCCACCAAGGAAGUUCCUGGAACGGAGUGAGAAGUGCCGAAAGUACUGGGACUGCGAAGGCAACUGGAUCGCCACAACACCGGUUCCCAACCAGACACUCGAGACACGCGAGACACGCGAGACACGUUUAGAGGGGGAAGAUAAGGCGCAGUUUCUCAACCUUGCACGCAAGAUUCUACGCUGGCUCCCUGAAGAGAGGUCGUCCCUGGGGGAGCUUUACAUGGACGAGUGGCUCAACCAAUCUAAGUUGUCUACAUGAGCACCUAAUAUUUCACCGCGCAUCGGCAUGGCUCACCACAUCUUCCUGGCUGUUGUUGCUGAGCAGCAUUCGAUAGUUAAGCUUACUCCACUCACAUCAUCAAUCAAGUUCAGACCUGC